UUCUCAGCGAUGGAGUCUGGGAUCUUCGUGGCCAUGGCUUUUGAUCGUUACGUGGCCAUCUGUGAUCCCCUGAGACAUUCCACCACCCUGACAAACCCGGUAGUGGCCAGGAUCUGCCUAGCUGUGGUGCUGCGCAGUGGCAUGCUCACACUGCCCUAUCCUUUUCUAGCAAGAAGUUGGCCAUAUUGUACAACUAAUAUUAUCCUACAAUCAUAUUGUGAGCACAUAGCCGUGGUGAAGCUGUCCUGCACCGACAUCCAUGUCAGUAGUUACUACGGGCUCUUUGUGGUAUUCUCUGUUAUUGGAUUGGAUGUGUCUUUUAUUGCUGUGUCCUACACCCAUAUCCUUUGGGCCAUCUUCCACCUCCCCACAAAGGACGCCCAGCUAAAGACAUUUGGGACCUGUGGCUCCCACAUCUGUGCCAUCUUAGCCUUUUACAUCCCAGCUCUAUUCUCCUUCCUCACACACCGGUUUGGCCACAAUGUGCCCCUGCAUUUCCACAUUCUCAUAGCCAACAUGUACCUCCUGGUUCCCCCCAUGUUAAACCCCAUCAUCUACGGGGUAAGGACCAAAGGGAUCCGGGACAGGGUGCUCCAGCUCUUACCUCAUAAAGGGACCUGA